AUGUAUGACCGCGUACCAGGGUCACCUCAAAAACCCAGAUGGAUGGAAGCUCCACUUGCUGGGCCUGGGAAAGAGGCCAAGCCUGCAUCGCCCAGUCCAGUCAGGCCUUCUCCUGAUACUAUUGUCAAGCAAACCCAUCCCGUUCACGCUGGACCAAUUCCAGACUCAAUGCGACCAAGCUCCAGCGCUUCUGCAGACACUGGCAGAUUGAGCACAUGCAGCGCACCUUUGACUGACAGCUUUGUCAAGGCAAGCUCGCCUGUGCCCACAGCCGAGGCAGUCAAGCCAAGCUGUAGUGAAGCAGUGUCAGAUGACAUUGCUCCUGGUGCUCCAAGCACUUGCAAGCCCUUGUUAGAUGUGGAGUGCAAAUCUUGGGCCACAAGCACUUUCAGUGCAGAAUAUGGUGCCAGGGACUUCAAGGACCCCGAGCCACUGCAAGAGGUGAAGGACACUCGCAGUCCAUCCCCAGAUGUAAGCAAGCCUGCUGCCAGACUUCUUGAGGUUCCCGGCCGAGAUGGGAGAGCCACCAGUCCAAAGCAAGCCCUCACAGAUGCAUCCCGGUCCCCGAGUUGUCGGACAGUCGGUUCAGACACCAGCAGCAUCCGGGAUGAUCUGUCUGGAGAAGAGGUGUACAGUCGGACCGCUUCCCCUGAGCCUACGCGCCAAUCUGGCAAGCAGCAAUUGGCCGAGCUACUCGAGCUCUGGAAAACAACUAGGCACGAGAGUGGCCCACUCUCCAUAGAAGAGUGCGAUUGCAUCGAGAACAUAUUCUAUGACACGAUGAACCCUGACCGCGUCAAGAUUGUGGAAAUGCGUCGAGUCGUGCAGCCAGCUUUAUUGCGACGGUUCUGCACAGAGGAGCAAGACUCAAUGGAGCGACAGGCCCGGCAGCUGAAGACCCACAAGCAGUUCAUGCUGCUGCAUGGGACACGCUGGGAAUAUGCUCCUUUGAUCGCUGAAAAUGGGCUGGACCCAUCCUGCGGUCAUCUCACAAAGGGGAGCUGGCUGGGUGGCUUGGCUGUGAAGGCACACUCCUACGCUUCGAAGGGGCCCGGGCCUGAAGUGGAGGAGGAUGACGGUCACAAAGCCCGACUGUUUGCUUUGUUUGUUGUCUCUUGCGUGCCAGACGUGAAUGAUGGAGAUGAUGAACGAUCUUUUGGAGUUUGGCGCAUGAUGUCUGCACGUCGCAUGUGCCCGGCCUACCAAGUCAUUUAUUCCGCCCCAGCAGAUGUGGGACGUCACAAAAGGCCCCUGAUAGAGCCGCGCGCGAACAAGGCUACCCUUUUGCGCAAGCAGAGUCAUGAUGGCACAGGCACAGAAUCUGCAGGGCCCAGCUCCUUCAGGUGUCGGAGCGUGAGUCCACCCCCGCGAAGCCGCUCACCAAAUCCAGAUGCGUUCGCAGAGGUCACUGGCAGCUGGCCGCUCCCUGAGGGACGAGGCCUAGGAGCAUGCACAUCUCCUGCCCUCAAGGUGCACCAAGGGAGACCAUCGACUACCAGUGAGUCGCCAAUGAAAUUACGCGUGCACCCCGAGCGCCCGGGUAACAGUGAGUCCCCGGCCAAAGCUCGCAGCCAAACAGAGCGGCCGUCGAACGGUGAGUCUACGGCGAAGCCUCGGAAUCACCCUGAUCGGCCUCAGAAUGAUUCCCCAAACAAGGGGCGCACUUCGAAUGGCACCGCAUCGCAUGCUCCCAGCCCAGGUGUCCUGAAGCUUCACGAAGUGAAUUCUUCAGGAGCCGGGAGCUCUCCAGCUCGGGAUGGACGACCUGUCAACCUGGCGCGCACAUCGCCCGCGCUGAAGGUGAAACAGGACGCCCGUUCCUCCAAGAGCAAAAAGGAUGCGAAGGAGCUGAAGGAUGAAAGCCGCGAUGCAGGGAAGGAUCGAAAGCCGCCAGUGGUAGCGGUGCAAUGGGAAGUGCAGGGAGAUGACGGUUGGAUUCCUUUCAGGCCGGGCUGCAAGUUCAAGGAUGACCCCGGGACGAUCCAGCACAUUUGCCAUGGAAAGUUUUGGUAUGCCCUCGUCUUUGAUGAGGAUGGCCUCACCGGCACGCAGUCCAACACCCAUACUGGCAAAGUGCGGCAGCUCCGUCGUGUGGUACCAGCCGAAGCCAGCCCUGCUGAUGAUCCCAAGUCAGGAGACGCAAAAGUUCAGGAGAAGACAAGUACUCAGCCAGCACUCCCAGUUGGGGGCUGGUACCCCAGCUUGCUGAAUGGGAGCACAGCUGUCAAACAGGCUCAGACCUCUGUAGGAGGUGUAGGAAUACAGGAGAUGGCCGCCUCAGUGGCUGACUCAAAAGAGCAACAGCCUAUGUUGGAGAGCGUGCCCACACCAAGCCGCAAACCGCUCCCUGUCCCUGCUGCAUGCAAUGCCAGGCGAGCAGAUCGGCGCCAUGUCACGGUGCCUGUUCAGGCGCUCUUGGGCACCAGCCCAAAGUGCACGAUGGCUAGAAGCCCGCCCAGAGGUUCAAUCAAAGCAUGCCGGCCAACAAGCCCAAGCCCCUGUGCAAAGCUCUCCAGCACGGAGCGCAGACACAGCAACCCAUCAUUCGGGCUGUCCAGCGAUUUAUGCUCCCCUCUCAGUCCGCCCGUGCGUGCUGUGAAGACGCUGCGAUUUCAGUCGUCAAGGUCACCAUCCCCACCAAUCUCCCGUGAGGCACCGGAAUCGACCCUUGCAGGGCUGCCAAAACCGAAGGCAAGAGCGCGGACGCAAAGUGCACCGCGGCGCAGUGGCGACCCCUUCAAUCUCUACCGCUUUGUGGACGCGCAGAGCGAGAAUGGCACAUUCGACCGGGCCCUGCGUGAAAUACAAGCAGGCCGAAAAUCCUCCUGCUGGAUGUGGUUUGUCAUUCCUUCGCCACCUUACAUGAAGAACAAUAUUGAGCAUGGGAGCAGCACAAACCGCAAGUACGCGAUCAGGUCAGAUCAGGAGGGCAAGGCUUAUCUAAACUACGAGGCUGACGGUGUAGAUUUGCGCAGCAACUACUUCGCUAUUCUCUCUGCAGUUUGUCAGCAUUUGAUUGCUGGGAAAGCAGCUCGAUCAGUGAUUGGCAGUUUUGAUGAGCCCAAGCUUGCGAGCUCCAUCAUCUUCUUUGAGCGGCUAACCCGCAAUGAAGACAACGAGUUGAACGGUCUACUGCUGAAACUUGCCGGUCUCAUGAACCUUCAGCUAGCCACGGGAAAUUGA